UUUCGAGACUUAGUUUGUGAAACGAAAGAUAGCACUGGAUCCGAUAAAAUAAGUAAAAAUCCAGCUGAAUGUAAACUAUUUCUUCGUGAAACAGGCAAAGAUGACGAUCCAAACGACAAUCGAAGGGAAGUGCCAGGCAAAGGAUGCUUUGAUGAAGUGGUAAAUGGUACAGUACGAACAUAUUGCGAUUUAUUAUGCCCAAAUGCGGAUACAGUUUAUGUAAUUAAAAGAGAUCCACAAAAUCAUAGAUCAUGUUUUGAAUUUCUAACUUACAAACGUGAAAAAAGACAGGAUGAAUGGUACUUUUGGAGACAAGAGAAAUGCCGCAACGCAACAAUUACCUUUAAACUUCGAUGCGAAUUUCUAUUUCCACGAAAAGAAUUUCCAGAUGACACAGAGAUUUUUAAGAAAUUUUCCGCUUAA